GGGGCGCGGGGAGGGCCGAGCGGCAGGACCCACUGCUCCUCCCCCCAGACCCCUUGCGUGGCCCCCGGUCUCCGGGGCAGCGGCAGCUCAGCGGCGGCGGCGGCGCUCGCACCUCGGCCCCAGCGGAGCAGCGGGCACAGGUCCCGGGAAGGUGGCGUCAGCAUCUGCAGCCGCGUCGACGUAGUUGGAACCUCCGCGGAGAACCCAGGAGAGCCAGACUAGGACCAGGGCCCUGGGUUUCUCCAUGGAGAAGUCGGCGGCCUCAACAGAGCCGCAGGGGUCUCGGCCGGUCCUGGGCCGCGACAGCGUCCAGGUGCCGGACGACCAGGACUUCCGCAGCUUCCGGUCAGAGUGUGAGGCCGAGGCGGGCUGGAACCUGACCUACAGCAAGGCCGGUGUGUCUGUGUGGGUGCAGGCUGUGGAGAUGGAUCGGACCCUGCACAAGAUCAAGUGCCGGAUGGAGUGCCGUGAUGUGCCAGCCGAGACACUCUAUGAUGUCCUACAUGACAUUGAAUACCGAAAGAAGUGGGACAGCAAUGUCAUCGAGACUUUCGACAUCGCUCGCCUGACAGUCAAUGCGGACGUGGGCUAUUAUUCUUGGAGGUGUCCGAAGCCCCUGAAGAACCGUGACGUCAUCACCCUGCGCUCCUGGCUCCCCAUGGGCACUGAUUACAUCAUUAUGAACUACUCAGUCAAACAUCCAAAAUACCCACCUCGAAAAGACUUGGUCCGGGCUGUGUCCAUCCAGACGGGCUACCUCAUCCAGAGCACGGGGCCCAAGAGCUGCGUCAUCACCUACCUGGCCCAGGUGGACCCCAAAGGCUCCUUACCCAAGUGGGUGGUGAAUAAAUCUUCUCAGUUCUUGGCUCCCAAGGCCAUGAAGAAGAUGUACAAGGCGUGCGUCAAGUACCCUGAGUGGAAGCAGAAGCAUCAGCCACACUUCAAGCCAUGGCUGCACCCAGAGCAAAGCCCGUUGCCAAGCCUGGCGCUGUCGGAGCUGUCGGUGCAGCACGCGGACUCACUGGAGAACAUCGACGAGAGCGCGGUGGCCGAGAGUCGGGAGGAGCGGAUGGGUGGCGCUGGUGGCGAGGGCAGCGACGAUGACACCUCGCUCACCUGAGCAUGGAACCACAACAGGGACUGAGACGAGUCGGGCAGAGCCUGGGGGUGGCAGAUCUUCCGCGCUUUCUCCCUUCCCACAUCCCCUACGCCUCCUGAGGACGUUGGGCUCAGGCCUAGGUUGGCACUUCGGCCUGGCUGGACACAGCCCUAAUAAACAAUCCCACAGCCUCAA